AAGAGAGUUGGUACGCUGCGACAAAAGAUCCCACCAGUGGCAGUGAAGAUCCUGCGUGCUGCAGCUAAGACCCGAUGCAGCCAAAUGAAGACUUGGAACUUGUGCAGCUCAUGUUAAGAGGGCUACUGUGCCUUCCACUGUCCCCCAACUGUGGGGCCAGUUCGUCUUCUGGAUUUAUCGUUUGACUUGCUGGCAGUUUUCUAUGGUUUCCAUGGCAGGUGGGUUCUCUGUGCUGCCUUUGUCCUGUGGAUCAUCCACUCAUACUUGUCCUGGCUCCAACUACUGGAGCUCCUCCUGUCGGCUGUCUGCUCUCAGCUCAGCUUCAUCAAGAACAAGAAAGUCUCAGAUCGGAGGAAAAAGGGCCGCGUGGUAUGGUUUGUGGGUUGGAUUCUGAUGUUCCAUUUUGUGUUCUGCAUGUGGAAUUCUGUCUCAUUUUCUUGGUUCUAAGGGUGGACAACUGACCCUGCAGUCUGUGGAGGCCCUUGGAGUUCCACAGCGACUUCACAGAGGAGCCACUCUGGACUUGGGGUGGCUGCUAAGAUGUUUCAGUCGAGAAGGAAGUUGAAAAACGAUAAGUCUCCGUUAAAUACAGCGAGCAGUAUUAACUGGGGAGAGCAGAUUGGGUCAGGGUCGAGACCUGUGUCUUCUGAGGACUUAAAAGACAAGCCUCUGCCUCGAAAGGUGUCCUUUGCAGGUGGACCCGGGAAGAACAAGGAGGUUCUCAGCUCCCCAACACCAUCCAUCUCCGUUAGCCAGACGUCUGACUUCCAAUAUGAGUCUCAGCUGUUCACUGAGGCACACCUGGCUGAGAUGGAGAAGACGUUUUACAGCGAGGUCAACUCGACUGGAGCCCUGGACAUGAAGACUUUCAUUAAGGCUGUGAAGAAGAUUCUGAGCAAUAUGUCAGAAGAGAUGCUGGAGGCGCUGUUUUUGAAGGUGGACUUGAACUGUAAUGGCUUCAUCACCUGGCAGGAGUACGUGGACUACGUGUUGCGCGAGUUCCAGGGGAAGGAGAAAAUGAUGAGGGGCCAGUACCGCCUACGCUUCCACCUUCCCAUGAGGAUCAUCCCCCUGAAUCACGGGUGUGAGAUUGUGAAAGUGGAGUUCUUAGUCCAGCGGCUCAAGAAGAUUGGGCAUUUCCUGACUGUCACCAAGGACGGCAUCCUGCAGUUCUGGUCGGAGUCCUUCAUGCUGACCAGCUCCUUCAGGCUUUACCAGAUCCAUCCAUUCCACAGCCAGCAGAUGUGGGUCAUUGACAUGGUGUGUCUGCACAACAUGAACCUGGUGGCCAUUGCGUCCACAGACCAGAAGAUAGAGUUCUUUGAUAUCAGCAGCCACAAAUGUGCCCGGGUCUUCACCUUCACUGAUCUGGACAGCUGCGUCCUGACCAUGAACUACUGUCUCCUCUGUCUCCCUGUUCCCAGGUCGGACUAUCACAGGGCUGUGUUCUGCUAUGGGGACACCAAAGGCAAUGUCAUCAUCUUCACCUCUGAUGAUGUGACCACCGGGCUCUUCAACCCCCGAGUCCUCCCCAGGACCUCCAAAUGGGAUAACUGGACCAACGUUUCUACCCAGAGGCUUCUAAGUGAGAAGUCCCCUAUAUAUAGAAGUUACCGGCUGAAGGCUCUCCACCUCAACUGGUGUCAACAGGUCAAGUUCAUCCCCCAGCUGAACCUGGUGGCUUCCUGUUCAGCCAUUGACAAGUCCUCUCUGGUGCUGACAGUGUUGCCAUCCAAAGUCCCAGAGAGCCUCAAGGUUUCAGUGCUGAAUUUGAGAAAAGGGAUUCUUUGCUUCGAUUACUGUCCAGGAAAGAACGUCCUGGUGACUGGUGGCUAUGACCCCCUCAUCCGCCUGUGGAACCCCUUCUUCUCAAGAAAACCUGUGUGGAUGAUGAAGGGGCAUCAGACUUCAGUGACACACAUCGUUGUGAACAGCAAGGACAACGGCAUCCUUCUCAGUGUCUCCAAGGACAAGAAUAUUCGUGUGUGGGACAUGCAAGACUACCAAUGCCUUCAGUCCUUCUGCGGGAAGCAUUUUGCCCUGGGACAUUGCCCCAUCACCAGCAUCUACUUCCACAGAGAGGACAGCUCGCUCAUCUGCAGCACCUAUUCAAUUGGAAUCCUGAAAGGGUACCUGGAGACACACGGGCCUGGGAGAGCAGAGGAGAAGACCACGACCUACAGCACGCCCCUGUGCGCUGUUCUCUACAGCAAGGUUUUCAAGCAGGUGGUGAGCGGCUGUCUGAGCGGCAUGGUGAGUGUGUGGGAGGUCGUGACGGGCAGGAGGCUGAUGGAGUUCUCAGUGACGGGGGACCAGCAAGUGGAGCUGACCGCCAUGUCCCUGGAUGAGUCAGAGGGGUGCCUGCUCACAGGCCUGCGUGACGGCACCGUGAAGAUGUGGAACUACAGUGUUGGCGAAUGCCUGCUGACCUUCCCCAACGCGGACCAGUUAGAGAUUAGUGGGAUUGUCCACAUGAACAAAGUGUUCUACACGACUGGAUGGAGUAAGAGAAUCACUUAUUACACGUUCCACAAGAUCAAGCCGGUGCUCUUAUGCUACCACUGGCAGACCUUCCACACAGAGGAUGUCCUGAGCAUGGCCAAGUACCAGAACCAGUUCAUCGCCACCUCCUCCUACAAUGGGGACAUCCUGUUCUGGAACAUCAGCACCUUCAGGCCCAUCCUCAAUUUCAACGCCUCUCAGAGCCCCUUGCCCUUGCUGCCCAAGAGGGUGAAGGAUGUGGACGACUGUGUGUUUGAUAGCCACAGGCCCAGCAAGCCCUGCGUCGAGCAGGAGAAGUGGGCUUACAAACCGCACCCGCAGCCCCCGGGCCUCAGCACGAAGGCCACAGUAGACGCCAACCCGCGGCGGAACCUGAUGUCAGCGCCUCCAGUGAUGAGACACCCCAGAGACAAGGAGCCGGCAAAGCCAGUGCCCUUGAAGAAACCUCUCAGUGCUAACAGCCUCAGUCAGUCAAGAUUAUCCCUUGGCAGAUACUUAACUCUCAAAGAGGUUGAAAGGAAAAAAGCAGACUUCCAGAAGAAGAUGUUGCUGCAGUCCAAUGCAUCGGUGGAGAAGAUAAUCUUCUUACAGACCAGGCCCCGCCUGCCUCACUCGGCGGCCCUGCUGAGCAGCUGCAUGGACGGUCACAUCUAUGCCUGGUCCGUCCAUGGGAGCGGAGGCCUGCUGGGCAAGUUCCCUGUGGAUGUUGUAGACAAGGCGGACGUGGUUGUGGGUGCCAUGGCCACGGAUCAGAAUGACUGGAUUCUUGUUACAGGGGAUUGCAAAGGAUGCAUCAAGAUCUGGGACAUCAAGGAUUACUGCACACAUUCUGACAGGCAGACGAACCAUCCUAGUGAUAUCAACAAGUUUCGGUUCUUAAUUUCUGAACGGAUUCAGGUCAGCCUCCCAAACUACAGUCCCCUGGAGGAGAAAAAGGUUGAGGCCGGCCAGACCAUUUCCCUGAUUCCACCCCAGCUUCUGAAUACCUGGAAGGCCCAUUUGGAUAGUGUGGCAGACAUCCUAUAUGUGGACAGCCUCCAGCUGGUUAUCAGUGCUGGCCAGGACCGGGAUGUCAAGGCUUGGAAACUCUCUGGUGACGCCAUUGGGACAUUUGGCCUGAGUGUUUGGAAAAGGCUGCAGGAUACCCCAAUGAUGACUGAUGGCGAACUAAAUGAAAGAUUAAAGAAGGAGGGUGACUUCUUUGGCCUCAGUGAGAAGACUUUCCAUCUAGAGCUGCAGGAGGAGCGAGAUCUUGCUGAGGCCCUGAUGUACCAGCGGCGGGAGCAGGUAGUCCUCUUGGAUCUCCUGAAUGGGAAGGCAGACACGGAGGCUAAAGCCUGGGCCAGGCUGCAAAAGAUAACCCCGACGUCCCCAUGGACUGGAAAGCGCUCCCCAGAGGACAUUGAGGAUACCUGGUGCAAGUGGGAAUCCAAGGGCAAGCAGGAGAGCAAAGUCCUGGGAGCAGCAUACAAGCCCAAGGAGAGGUCGCGGAGCCCCGGACUCCUGUUUACCAACGUGCAGUACGGCUGGAUGAAGCACCAGAUCUCACCUCAGAUAUACCAGAGCCUGCACUUCAAUGAGCUGGCAUCCACCCAGAACCCUGCCUUCAAGACGCAAAAAGUCCUGGACCAGCAGAGCUGGCUCACCCUCCUGGUGACCCAGCGCAUCCAGAAGGACCUGGGUCCCUACAGGGAGAUCGCACCUGAGCACCCGGCCAGCCCGCCCACCACCACGGCCUCCUCUCCCUCCUUAGCCUCGCUGUCAGCCUCGGGCUCCAAGCUCCUGGCAUCCGGCCUGGCCCCGUCCUAAUGGUCCCAGCCCUCCCAAUCUUUAUUGCAGCCCCCGUCUGCCCCCGCACCCUGUCCUCCCCCGCGGAUCUGUCCCAGGUAUCCCGGCACGUCCUGCAGAGACCGGUGACCUCCCUGCCCCCCGGCCCCUCCCUCAGGCUGCUCUCCAGGCCUCUGAAGGCCCACCUUCCGUCCUCCUACAUCAGGCUGUGAGGUGGCCCAUCCUCUCUCCAGUCCGCCAGCAGGGCCACCAGGCUCAUGAGGUCCUGUCUGUCCCUGGCUUACCCUUUGCCAGGCCUAGAGGGUACAGACCUCGCCCUGGCUCUCCCCACUCUGCCAUCUGGUGAAGGCAACCUUCUUUGCCAGAGUACUGGAGAGGAAAAUAAAUGUUCUCAGAUGUUGAA